AUGAGCCUCUCCUCGGCGCCGGCUCCUUUCGCCGUCACUUUCCUGCUGUUCCUGGCCGCGGGCCACUCGGUCCCCGGGAGACAGAGUGCAUAUGGGUCCCUCUCUGAAGUGAUGCAGAAGUGGAAAGAAUAUCAGCUCCAGUGCCUGAAGUAUCUGUAUGAGUCACCUCCUCUUGUGACAGAAGGCAAGUUCUGCAGCAGGACAUUGGAUGACUAUGCCUGCUGGCCUGAUGGGCUGCCUGGGACCUAUGUCAACGUAAGCUGCCCUUGGUAUCUUCCUUGGGCCAGCACAGUGCUCCAUGGACAAGUUUACCGCUUCUGCACUCCUGAGGGCACUUGGCUGCUGAAGGAGAAUUCCACCCUGCCAUGGAAGAACAUUUCUGAAUGUGAGGCAUCAGACGGGGACGCACCAGAGGAACAACUCCUAUACGUGUCAGUCAUCUACACCAUUGGAUAUGCUCUUUCAUUCUCUGCCCUGGUAAUAGCAACUGCCAUCCUUCUUGGAUUCAGGCAUUUGCACUGCACUAGGAAUUACAUUCACCUGAAUCUCUUCACUUCUUUUAUUCUACGUGCUGUAUCUGUCUUCAUUAAGGAUUCUGUGGUGAAGUGGAUGUACAAAACAGCUACGCCUGAACACCAGUGGGAAGGACUCAUCUCCUACCAGGAGUCACUCAGCUGCCGCCUGGUUUUUGUGAUGAUGCAGUAUUGUGUGGCUGCAAACUACUACUGGCUGUUGGUGGAAGGCAUGUACCUGUACACACUGCUGGUCCUGUCAGUCUUUUCUGAACAGAGAAUUUUUCGGCUUUAUCUCUGCAUUGGCUGGGGUGUACCAAUGCUGUUUGUUAUCCCCUGGGGAAUUGUCAAGUACCUUUAUGAAGAUGAGGGUUGCUGGACCAGAAACCAAAACAUGAAUUACUGGCUGAUCAUCAGACUGCCCAUUCUAAUCGCCAUUGGGGUGAAUUUCCUGAUCUUUAUCAGAGUUAUAUGCAUCAUCAUUUCCAAGCUGCAAGCAAAUCUGAUGUGCAAAACUGACACAAAAUGCAGAUUGGCCAAGUCUACAUUGACUCUGAUCCCGCUGCUGGGGACCCAUGAGGUCAUCUUUGCCUUUGUUACUGAUGAGCAUGCCAGAGGAAUGCUACGCUUUGUGAAGCUCUUUUGUGAACUCUCCUUCAACUCCUUCCAGGGACUUAUGGUGGCGAUUCUCUACUGCUUUAUCAACAAUGAGGUUCAGACAGAGUUUCGGAAAAGCUGGGAACGCUGGAGACUGGAACAUUUUUAUGUCCAGAGAGACAGCAGUAUGAAACCACUGAAAUGUCCAGCCAACAGCCUAAGCAGUGGAGGCACAGUGGGCAGCAGUGUCUAUGCUGCCACUUGCCAAGCCACAUUCAGCUAGGAUUUCUACAGAUGAAAAUAGAGAUGAGCCAGAUUACCCAAACUGAACUGUAGAAGGCACCUGAAGACCCUCAAAUACCCAGGCAAGCAGUUUAAAAAUGUCUGCUGGACCCAGAUACUUAACCUUCUGUUGCUCAUUGCUGCAGGCAGCUGGACAAGGUUUUCUAAGGAAAGCAGUCUGCUAAUAUAAUCAACACACGAGAGGAUAAAUUGAGCAUGUCUAAAGUAAGUUUAAAGAAUUUGUUCCUGUUAAUGCACGAGGCCUCCAGGUGUCCAAAACUUAAGCAGUGAAUUGAUCCAGUCACAAACCAUAGGGUCAAUGGCUUAUUACUGUAGGUGGGCGAGCUGAGAUCCACUGAUUAAAUUACAAGAAUACAGAACAUGACUACUGA